CUAGGCCUCCUUGGCGCGAGACAUUUGCGAGCAGAGUGUCUCCAAGAUGGCCGCGUGGGGAAGGAGGCGUCUUGGCCCGAGCAGUAGUGGUGGCAGCGCCCGAGAGAGGGUGAGCUUGUCGGCCACAGACUGUUACAUCGUGCAUGAGAUCUACAAUGGGGAGAACGCGCAAGACCAGUUUGAGUAUGAGCUGGAGCAGGCCCUGGAAGCCCAGUACAAGUACAUCGUGAUCGAGCCCACUCGCAUCGGUGACGAGACUGCCCGCUGGAUCACCGUGGGCAACUGUCUGCACAAGACCACUGUGCUGGCAGGCACUGCUUGUCUCUUCACCCCAUUGGCACUGCCCUUAGAUUAUUCCCACUACAUCUCCCUACCCGCUGGUGUGCUGAGCCUGGCCUGCUGUACCCUCUAUGGAAUCUCCUGGCAGUUUGACCCUUGCUGCAAGUACCAAGUGGAGUACGACGCUUAUAAACUGUCCCGCCUGCCCCUGCACACACUCACUUCCUCCACCCCUGUGGUGCUGGUCCGGAAGGAUGACUUGCACAGAAAGAGACUGCACAACACGAUAGCGCUUGCUGCCCUCGUGUACUGUGUAAAGAAGAUCUACGAACUCUAUGCUGUAUGAUUUCAGUUAGAACAGGGAGAGAAGCCAACAACCCAACCCAUGGGAGACAACAGAGUAUUCAGAUUGCACAGUAACAUUUUUUUUGCUCCAUGAGGCAACGGAGUCCAGGAAGCUGUUUGGGUUAAUAGUUGUUAUUUAAAAAAAAUAACACACAUCACAAAUGUACCAAGGGUUUUUCCAACUCAUCACACUUAAGAUGUGGAUUUCCGUAACCCACAAGGGAGUCUGAGACUGCAAGUCUGGGCAGUAGAAUGUCGAUGGAAGCUGAGGGAGUAUGAAUGCUUGGGGUAGGGGUCUUUAAGGAUAUUGUUUAACUGUUAUCAUCCAGAGCCAACCAGAAGCUGUUGACCAUUAAAAAUGAUGAACAUUUCAA